GGCCGGGAGCGGAAAACAUCGAUCUGGAUGAACUUUCAUUGUUGUCACUCUACAGGCAGUAGAGAUAAUCACCGGCAUCUUCUAUCCGGUGUCCCGCAGACCGGUCAUCGGUUUAAAGCAUUUAACCCCUUAAAAAGCUGGAUAAGAACAUCUUCAGCUCCGGCUGGAAUCUUAUUCCUCCCCAUAUAGACUCUUCUCUAUAGAUCUUUCCCAGUAUCCAGGAACUGAUGCAUCCAGGCUCCUUAGAUCCAGCAUAGAAUUUCCCCCUUUGCUGUCCUUGUUUUUAUUCUGCAGCUGCCCCCCCACCCAAAAUAUAUUAUACAGACCCCCCCCCCCGGAGCAACAUGUCAGAAUCGAGCACCACAACAGUGGUGUCUGACCCCCAGCAUGCUGCCAAGCUCCUGCGGGCACUGGGCUCUUUUAGGGAGGAAGCUGACUUCUGUGAUGCCCUUCUGGUUCUGGAGGAGCAAGAAAUCCCCGUGCAAAGAAAUAUCCUGGCAGCAGCGAGUCCCUACAUAAGAGCAAAACUUAACUAUAACCCUCCGAAGGGCGACGGGUCAGCAUAUCGGAUUGAAAUGGAUGGGAUUUCCGUGGCUGUCAUGAAAGAGAUCCUGGACUUUAUAUUCAGUGGAGAGAUAAGGCUCAGCGAGGAGACCAUUCAAGACGUGGUUCAAGCAGCUGACCUAUUGCUCCUCACUGACCUGAAGACCUUGUGCUGCGAGUUUCUGGAGGGUUGCAUCACCGCGGAGAACUGCAUCGGCAUUAGAGAUUUUGCCUUGCAUUACUGCCUCAACCAUGUCUACUACCUGGCCACGGAAUACCUGGAGACCCAUUUCAGGGAUGUCAGCUCCACGGAGGAGUUUCUGGAGCUCGGUCCUGUGAAGCUGAAAGAAGUCCUGUCUCUGGAGAAAUUGAAUGUGGGGAAUGAAAAAUACGUGUUUGAAGCCGUGCUGCGUUGGAUAAACCAUGAUGCAGAAGUGAGGAAAGUCCACAUGAAGGAGGUGACCUCUGCCCUUUGGGUUAAUGGUCUAGAUUCCAAUUACUUGCGCGAGCAAAUGGUAAACCAGCCCUUGGUGAGAGAAAUGGUGAGAGAGUGCAGCAAUAUCCCCCUGAGUCAGCCCCAGCAGGGAGAGGCAGUCCUGGCCUCCUUCAAACCCAGGGGCUACUCGGAAUGCAUCGUCACAGCCGGCGGGGAGGAACGAACGUCACGAAAGCCAAUGGCAGCAGUCCGAUGCAUGUGUCCGUUGUACGAUCGAAGCAGGCAACUGUGGAUUGAGUUGGCGCCAUUAAGUACGGCGCGUGUCAAUCACGGAGUGCUUUCUGCAGAGGGCUUUCUGUUUGUACUCGGUGGGCAAAACCAAGACAACGAAACUCUAAGCUCUGGAGAGCAGUAUGAUCCUGAUACCAACUCAUGGAGUCCUAUACCCCCAAUGCUUGAGGAAAGGCAUAGUUUUGGCGUCGUGGAGAUUGACGGAGUCAUAUACGUACUAGGUGGCGAGAAUGGAGACCAUGAAUUACUAUCUAUGGAGUCGUACGACUUUUGUACCAAAACCUGGACCAAGCAGCAAAACAUGACCAUGGUUAGAAAGAUCGGCUGCUACGCGACAAUGAAAAAGAAAAUCUAUGCAAUGGGAGGAGGCUCCUACGGAAAACUCUUUGAAUCUGUUGAAUGUUACGACCCCAAAACUCAGCAAUGGACGGCGAUAUGCCCGCUGAAAGAGAGGAGGUUUGGUGCGGUCGCAUGCGGAGUUGGCUUGGAGCUGUACGUCUUUGGCGGCGUUCGGAGUCGGGAGAACGAAACUCAGAACAGUGACAUGGUGGCGUGUAAAUCCGAGUUCUAUCACGAUGACUUCAAACGGUGGAUCUACAUAAACGAUCAGAACUUAUGCAUUCCAACAAGUUCUUCCUUUGUCUAUGGAGCUGUGCCCAUUGGCGCCAGUAUCUACGUAAUUGGCGAUCUGGAUACAGGUACGAGCUACGAUUACGUCCGAGAGUUUAAGAGGAGCACCGGGACGUGGCAUCACACCAGACCCCUACUACCCUCGGAUCUUCGGCGUACCGGGUGUGCGGCUUUACGCAUUGCGAACUGCCGACUGUUCCGGCUGCAGCUUCAGCAAGGACUGUUCCGAAUCCGUAUCCCCGUAUGAAAUGUUACAAUCGGAUACGGACUGCGAAAUCUGAA